AAGGCGAAGGAAGAAACGGAGACGUGAAGCCACCCCCCGAUUGCUCUGACUGAAGUUUUGCCUCCGAUGUCAACGGCUCAACCGCUUUGCUGAAAAGUCCAUCACCCCCGUCUUGUCCCUUCCACGCUGUUUAACUUCCCUCUCCGCCGGUAGAAUUUUACCAAAAGUCCAACCCUCGCGCGCGGAACGGACAAAAGGCCUCCAAAGAACACCGACCAGAACCACCGAAAGCCUCUCCAUCUCAUUGGCCUCCGAUCACUCCGAGUCUCGCCAAGAUAUCAUUUUUUUCCUCAGCGAAAUCCGCCGUCUUUCUCGGAUCACCGACUCGAAGCAUGUCGGAAAGCGACGUCUCUUACUGCUGUGGUUCCUGUGGAUAUCCUCUGAACUUGGCAUCUUCCAAUCGGAUUGCUGCUGGAGUGGGUUCGGAAUAUGAUAAAGACUUGAAGAAAGGUUUCACUACCUUUCCUUCGGUUGAUCUCAGCAGAUUCACCCAGGUGGAUGAAGUUACGUGUUUUCCGCUUUAUUGGGGUUGUAACCACUUGAAGACAAAACUUCUCUGCCGUAAGUGUGGUGCCCACAUUGGGUAUGGUUAUAGGGAGUCAUCAGUUCUUUGUGGUUUUCACUCGCCCAACUCAUCUAGAUCUUCUUACAAUAAGUUCACCGUGAAGAUUCUAGCUAUACAGCCUUCGGGGAACUGCUAAUUCUUUGACAAUAAAUGCUUCAGAAAGUUAGUCUAACCUUCAUUGAGCAAGUUGCAGAUGAUUGCUUUACCCAUAUAGCCAUACUUCAUUUGGUUGCAGAGUUCAAAUCACAUUGGUGGCUUAGUACAAGAAUACUGACUAUUCAUCCUAACAACUCCAUUUCUUGCUUUCCCUUUAAAGUGUCAUUCGUUUUAGAACGUUCUUAAUUCUCAUGAUUAGUUCUUCAAAUCACUUUGUUGCUUACCUGUCUCUGUAGAGUCUUUCUUUUCCUAUAUCUGGCUGCAAGAAAUACGCCAGUUGCAACCAAAGGUGCAAAUCCAUAAACUCUCUUUGCUGACUGUUGCUUGAGAACUGUCUAUUUCCGCUAGCUGCUGGUUAUCCGUUUUCAGCAGUUGUUCUACGACAGUACGACUGCAACGUUGGUAAUGGUGGAUGGUGGCGUGAGAUCUCCUUCACAAGAAUGGUUCUGGAUUUGCCAGCUAUUUCAGCUAUCUCGUGGAUGCAACUGCUUUUCACAUUGGAGGUUUCCAAAACUUCACUAACUUUGCCGAGCUUGUUGCAAUUUGGAGAAACACUUUUGUGCUUCUAACAGAAGCUAGUCAUCAAUACUCAAAGUUGAGGCUUGUUAAGUUAUAGAGUGGAGAGCUCAAAUUAAUGAAGAAAAUGGAAUGUAUAGCGUUCACAGUGCUUUGGUGAGAGACAGUAUCGAUGUAAUUCGAAAAAUUUAUGUUUUUUGUAAAAGCGGUUAUUUCUUGAU